ACUCAUUCAAUUUAGUCUAUCGCGUACCACCGGCUGCUGUAGUCGACUGCAAAGGGUCACUACGAAUCGCCGGCUUUUUAGUACCUCGGUUAAAUUAACUGAAUUGAACGAUCGUGCUCCUGACUAUAAUACAGACAUUUCCCGUGAAAGUACGAACAUUGCGUAGUGGUGGUACACAGGAUCAUCACAGUUUCAUAUUUCAAUAGAAAUCACUUUGAGGUAUGGAGUGGGAAGGGCCGCCCAAGCAAGGCUUGUACGACCCCCAGAACGAGCACGAGGCAUGCGGUGUUGGCUUUGUGGUUGCUAUUGACGGCAAACGUUCUCAUAAAAUCGUCCGAGAUGCUGAAACUCUUGCAAAACGUAUGGAGCAUCGAGGCGCGUGCGCAUGCGACAACGAUACCGGAGACGGCGCUGGUGUACUGACCGCCAUCCCGCAUCAAUACUAUUGCGCUCAGCUUAGGAGCAGUCAUCAAAUCGACUUGCCACCGUUUGGUCAUUAUGCCACUGGCAUUUUCUUCCUGGACAAGUUACAUCAUCAAGACAUUGAGAAGAAGUUCACCGAGCUCGCUGAGAGCCUUGGUUUGAGUGUGAUUUGUUGGAGGACGGUACCAACUAACAACAACACCAUUGGUCAAGUGGCUCGUAACUCGGAGCCAUAUAUGCGUCAAGUGUUUGUUACCGGAGAUAUCAGCGACGAAAACCAACUUGCACGCCAGAUAUUCGUGCUGCGUAAACGCGCGUCCCACGAGCUAGUGGUGCCAGGGGCUCGCUUCUACAUCUGCAGUUUGUCUCUGAAGACUAUUGUUUAUAAAGGACUUCUCACUUCAAACCAAUUAUGGGAAUACUUCAAGGAUCUGACAAACCCUGCCUUUACUACAUACCUAGCGUUAGUUCAUACGCGCUUUUCCACCAACACCUUCCCAAGCUGGGAACGUGCGCAUCCUUUGAGAGUGCUUGCCCACAAUGGCGAAAUAAAUACAUUACGAGGUAACGUGAACCUGAUGAAAGCUCGCGAAGGUGUCAUGAAGAGCGAGUUAUUUGGUGAUGAUCUGAAGAAGCUAUACCCAGUUGUGGAACCGAAUCUAUCCGAUUCCGGCUCAGCAGAUUGUGUUCUCGAAUUCUUGCUACAUUGCGGAAAUAGGACGCUGCCGGAAGCGGUGAUGACGAUGGUACCUGAAGCUUGGCACAAUGAUCCUACAAUGCCAAAAGAAAAGAGAGACUAUUAUCAGUGGGCGUCGUGUGCUAUGGAACCCUGGGAUGGACCUGCUCUAGUUUCAUUUACUGAUGGAAGAUAUAUCGGUGCCAUAUUAGAUAGAAAUGGUUUGAGACCAUCUCGUUUCUAUGUAACAAAUGAGAAUAUACUUGUGAUGGCGUCCGAAGUUGGGGUUUAUGAUGUCGACCCAGAAAAAGUUAUAUUAAAGAGUCGUCUAAAGCCCGGAAGAAUGUUACUAGUCGAUACGCAAGAGAAGAAAAUCAUCGAAGACGUGGAGCUUAAGUUAAAGAUCGCGCAAAGCCGCCCGCACUCGCAGUGGCUGCAGGAACAGAUAACGAUGGAGGAUAUCCACAAGUCAAUCUCCCCUCAAGUGGACGUCCAAAGCAACGGAUACGAUCACAGUGCCAUCUCCGGGCUCGGCGACAAGCGGCUGGGCCUGUUCGGAUACACCAUUGAAUCCAUCAACAUGUUGUUGCUACCUAUGAUACAGAACAAGAAGGAGGCCCUGGGCAGCAUGGGCAACGACGCGCCGCUGGCGUGUCUGUCGCGCUUCCAGCCGCUCCCCUACGAAUACUUCAAGCAGCUGUUCGCGCAAGUGACCAACCCGCCUAUCGAUCCUUUUCGCGAGAAGAUAGUGAUGUCCCUGCUGUGUCCGAUCGGCCCCACCGCCAACAUCCUGCAGCCGAGCGCUGAUUUCGUACAUCGCAUAUUUCUACCCCAACCCAUACUCUCCCUACCUGACCUCGAGGCUCUAAAGCGGACUUCCCAUCGAGGAUGGAAGACGCGGGUGCUGGACUGCACGUUCGACAUCGGCGACGGGCCGCACGGGCUGGAGCCGGCGCUGACGCACAUCGCGCACGCGGCGCACGCGGCGGCGGCGGCGGGCUGCCAGCUGCUCGUGCUGUCCGACCGCGCCGCCGGGCCCGCGCGCGUGCCCGUCAGCUCGCUGCUGGCGCUCGGCGCCGUCCACCAUCACUUGAUCGAAACGCGUCAACGCAUGAAAGUGGGAAUCAUAGUGGAAACUGCGGAAGCUCGAGAGGUACACCACAUGUGCGUUUUACUUGGCUACGGGGCUGAUGCUAUCUGUCCCUACCUGGCUUUCGAGCUAGCUUUUUCUCUGCGCAACGACAACCUGAUCGAUCAGAACCUAUCCGACAAUGAAAUAUACUUGGCAUACCAAAAAGCCAUCGAGACCGGCCUCGCCAAGGUAAUGGCCAAGAUGGGGAUCAGCAUGCUGCAAUCCUACAAGAGCGCACAGAUUUUCGAGGCAGUCGGACUCAGUGAAGAGGUCAUCGACAAGUGCUUCCGCGGCACGCAAUCGAGGAUCGGUGGCGUUAAUUUUGAGAUUAUGUCUCAGGAAACGUUUGACAGGCACGCAUUGACUUACGGUGACUGUCGCGAUAUGCUUGUCUUGAGGAACCCGGGCAACUACCACUGGCGCGCGGGCGGGGAGAAGCACAUCAACGACCCGCUGUCCAUCGCCAACCUGCAGGAGGCCGCCGUCGGCAACAGCGCCUCCGCCUACGACCGCUUCAGGGAGAGCGCGCUGGAGUCGGUGCGCGCGUGCACGCUGCGCGGGCAGCUGGAGCUCGUGAAGCUGGACGAGCCGCUGCCGCUGGCCGAGAUCGAGCCCGCCGCGGAGAUCGUCAAGCGGUUUGCCACCGGUGCUAUGUCGUUCGGCUCAAUAUCUCUGGAGGCGCACACAACGCUCGCGGUCGCCAUGAACCGCGUGGGUGGAAAAUCUAAUACCGGAGAGGGCGGAGAAAACGCCGAUCGGUAUCUCAACCAGGAUCCUGAAUUCAACAAGCGUUCGGCCAUAAAGCAAGUGGCAUCCGGACGGUUCGGAGUGACCGCGUCCUAUUUAGCGCACGCUGAUGACUUACAAAUCAAGAUGGCGCAGGGAGCCAAACCCGGGGAGGGCGGAGAAUUACCCGGCUACAAGGUGACGGAGGAAAUAGCGAAGACGCGGUGCUCCGUGGCGGGCGUGGGGCUGAUCUCCCCGCCGCCGCACCACGACAUCUACUCCAUCGAGGACCUGGCCGAGCUCAUCUACGACCUGAAGUGCGCCAACCCGCGCGCGCGCAUCUCCGUCAAGCUCGUCUCCGAGGUCGGCGUCGGCGUCGUCGCCUCGGGCGUCGCCAAGGGCAAGGCGGAGCACAUCGUGAUCUCGGGGCACGACGGCGGCACGGGCGCCAGCUCGUGGACCGGCAUCAAGAGCGCGGGGCUGCCGUGGGAGCUGGGCGUGGCCGAGACGCACCAGGUGCUCGUGCUCAACGACCUGCGGUCACGAGUCGUGGUUCAAGCGGAUGGACAGAUUCGAACUGGUUUCGAUGUGAUGGUGGCGGCGCUGCUCGGUGCGGACGAGUUCGGCUUUAGUACUGCGCCCCUCAUUGCAUUAGGUUGUACAAUGAUGAGAAAGUGUCACCUGAACACGUGUCCCGUGGGCAUUGCGACGCAAGACCCCGUUCUUCGCAAGAAGUUCGCCGGCAAGCCGGAACACGUCAUCAAUUAUCUGUUCAUGUUAGCGGAAGAGGUGCGCGUGCACAUGUCGGAGGUGGGCGUGCGGCGCUUCGGCGAGCUGGUGGGCCGCACCGACCUGCUCAAGGUGCGCGAGCGCAACGACAACCCCAAGGCGCGCCUGCUCAACCUCGGGCUCAUACUCAAGAACGCGCUGCACAUGCGGCCCGGCGUCAACAUCGUCGGGGGCUCCAAGCCGCAGGACUUCCAAUUAGAGAAACGUCUAGAUAACCAGAUAAUCCAGCAGUGCAGCGGUAUACUGGAUGGCACUCAGCAGAAAAUUGACAUUGCCAUGAAAAUCACGAACGAAGACCGCGCCUUUACAUCUACGCUUUCUUACCAUAUUGCUAUGAAAUUUGGCGAGGGUGGCUUGCCUGACGGUACAUCAAUAAAUAUUUCACUGACUGGCUCUGCGGGUCAGAGCUUUUGCGCUUUCCUCUCGAAGGGAAUCACAGUUACCCUCGAAGGCGACGCCAAUGAUUAUGUCGGAAAGGGUCUCUCCGGGGGCAAGGUCAUAAUUUAUCCACCUAAGAAUUCACCAUUCGAGUCACACUUAAAUGUGAUCGUGGGCAAUGUAUGUCUUUACGGGGCUACCUCUGGAAGAGCUUACUUCAGGGGCAUCGCGUCGGAGCGGUUCUGCGUGCGCAACUCGGGCUGCGUGGCGGUGGCGGAGGGCGCGGGCGACCACGCGUGCGAGUACAUGACGGCCGGCGUCGUGCUCGUGCUCGGCCUCGUCGGCAGGAACUUCGCCGCCGGCAUGAGCGGUGGUGUCGCUUACGUGUACGAUAUCGACGGCUCAUUCAAGAGUAAGUGCAACCCUGAAAUGGUAGAGCUGUUGCCGUUAGAGAAAAAGGAGGAUUUGGAUGAAGUGCAAAAACUGUUGGAAGAAUUUGUAGAAUAUACUGGCUCGAUAAUUGCGAAGAGUCUUCUCGAAAACUGGCCAGAACCAGCCAAAAUGUUCGUCAAGGUAUUCCCUUACGAGUACCAGCGAGCUCUCAAACAGAUAGCUCUUAAGCAAGCCACGCCGAAACUCGAGAGUAAUGGCAAGCACGAUGAGAAUGGCGUCGUAGACAUCGAGGAAGCAGUUCGGAAUGUAGAGUUGGAUAAGAAAAACCUCGAAAAGAUUUUGGAUAAGACCAGGGGCUUCAUCAAGUACCCGCGCGAGACGUCGCUGUACCGGCCGGCGGAGAAGCGGCUGAACGACUGGGACGAGAUCUACAACCUGUCGGGCGUGCGGCGCGGGCUGCGCGUGCAGGCGGCGCGCUGCAUGGAGUGCGGCGUGCCCUUCUGCCAGGGCGCGCACGGCUGCCCGCUCGGCAACAUCAUCCCCAAGUGGAACGACCUGGUGUACCGCGCCGACUGGCGGCAGGCGCUCGCCAUGCUGCUGCAGACCAACAACUUCCCCGAGUUCACGGGGCGCGUGUGCCCGGCGCCGUGCGAGGGCGCGUGCGUGCUCGGCAUCUCCGAGCCGCCCGUCACCAUCAAGAACAUCGAGUGCGCUAUCAUCGACCACGCCUUCGAGAGUGGCUGGAUCAGUCCCGAGAUUCCAGAGCAUCGCAACGGAAAAACUGUCGCUAUCGUCGGUUCGGGCCCGGCAGGGUUGGCUUGCGCUCAUCAAUUAAAUAAGGCUGGAUACACGGUGACAGUAUUCGAACGUAACGAUCGUCCCGGUGGUUUGCUGCAAUACGGAAUUCCGAGUAUGAAGCUGAGCAAGGAAGUCGUGGGUCGAAGGAUCAAGCUGAUGACUGCUGAGGGCAUUUCGUUCAAAUGUAACAUCGAUGUUGGAAAAGAUAUUUCUGCAGCCGAGUUGGCUAACGAAUACGACGCUCUAGUCCUCUGCAUGGGCGCGACGUGGCCGCGCGACCUGCCGCUGAAGGGUCGGCAGCUGGGCGGCAUCCACUUCGCCAUGGAGUUCCUCGAGGGCUGGCAGAAGCGCCAGGCCGGCCCCGCGCCCGGCCACCCCGCCAAGGACGCGCCCGUGCUCUCCGCCAAGGACAAGGACGUGCUCAUCAUCGGCGGCGGCGACACCGGGUGUGACUGUAUAGCGACAGCGCUUCGGCAAGGUGCUAAGUCCAUCACGACAUUCGAGAUUCUCCCCGAGCCCAAGAAAACCAGAGGACAAGACAAUCCGUGGCCACAGUGGCCCAGAGUGUUCAGGGUCGAUUACGGUCACGAAGAAGUGAAGGUCAAGUUCGGCAACGACCCAAGGAAAUUCUCCACUCUGACUAAGGAAUUCCUCGAUGACGGCGCGGGCAACGUGUGCGGCGUGUCGGCGGCGCAGGUGGAGUGGGCGCGCGGCGCGGGCGGGCGCUGGGACAUGCGCGAGCUGCCCGCCGAGCGCCGCGUGUUCGCCGCCGACCUCGUGCUGCUCGCCAUGGGCUUCCUCGGCCCGGAGCGCUACGUCGCCUCGCAGCUCGAUCUCCCACUUGACGCGCGAAGCAACUUCGAAACAUCGAAGGACAACAUCUACAAGACUCCCAUGAGCAACGUAUUUGCUGCAGGAGAUUGUCGUCGUGGUCAGUCUUUAGUCGUAUGGGCCAUAUCGGAAGGCCGACAGGCUGCCAGAGCCGUGGAUAUAUAUCUGUCAGGCAAGUCCUACCUUCCAGGUCCCGGCGGAGUUAUUUCCAACAAUUAAAUAAUCAUCGGCCGACCUGGGAUUUGACAUAUAUAUGUAUAAAUAUAAGUUUCAAAUUCCUUUUUAAACUAAAUUGAAAUAGUUUAAAAUUUAAAUCAAUGUUAUUAGGUUA